CAUGAUGUUUCUAGAUAUUUAAGCGUGCCAUUUUUAGCAUCAGUAGUUAGCGUGCCGAGCGUCUGGCCAAAAAUAUUAUCGUGUCGAACGUGAGUUUGUCUGAUGUAGGUCGUAUGCUGUUAUUAGUUAACAAAGCAAUUGCUUUAACUAAUUAUGAGCAUGAAACACGUUUCACGUAGUAUAUUGCUCGUUGAUAUGGUUAGGCCCUGACUGAUUCAGGGCUUUGUGUACUCUGCUGCAAAUUUUACAGCACAAGUGUUUCCGAAUGCCUUUUCGUAUAAGAUAUUCUUAUGCGUGAGAAUCUAAGACAAGGGAGACGGUGGGCACAAGUUGUGUUCAAUCUGUCGAUGUACGGGUAACUGUUCACAUGUCAACCUAAAUUUGUUAAUUAUCAGAAUUCUAAUAAACUAAUCAUGUAGUGUUUACCUUCUAAGAGGAGGUAAGGAACAUAAAGAGGAGAGAUUCGAGCUUAGGUCCCCUUUUUUACAGGUUUGGUAGUUACAGUUAUUAGUACUUAAUUGGGGUCUAUAUUUCAUUUUCACGCGUCUAUGUGCGUGUCAGUUUGUGUGGCUUAACUAUUCUUAUUUUGAGAUGUUUAUAGAAAGAUUUUGGUUUGGAAAUAUAACCCAGUCUUUGCAUUUAACUUCUGAUCUCUAUAUAUUACGUAUAUUGUCCUGUUUACAUAUUUAUAUUCUGUAGCGUAAUUUCUUAUUCCUUUCUCAUGUUCCUUUCCCCUCUUUCUCUGUGUGCGAUGUCCCAGACAAAUAGUUAAGCUAUUACACUGGCCACUGUUUUCUGGGCAACUUUCCGGGCUGGAAUUGCAGGAAAUUCACUUCAUUUUUUCCUCUGUUUGGCCUAUUUGGCAUCAUAAGCCUCAUAUUUUUGUUCUAAAUUCUUUCUUGCCUGUCUCUUUCAAUCGGUACCAUGCUACGCCUUGAUUUAGAAUCAAUCACUUUGCAAUUCCUUGGGCCAUGCUACAAAUUUCUCUGUAAUUCCAUUUGGCCUCUCAUGUUGUUUCCGCCAUUCCAUACUUUCAUUCUCUCUUCUAUCAAUGCUUCUGGCUUCAAUGCUUCCUUCGCAGUUGCCCCUGAAGCUUGCUAUUUUAGAUUAGAAAAAUGCCAGGGAUGAGAGGCAGUGAUGUUGAAGACCAAAAUCCAGAGUCACGAGAGAAGCAGGGUGACCUUGAAAAGCCUACAGAUUCUGAAGAGAAGGUAGACUUUGAUGGGGAAAAUGAUGAAGGGGAUACCAUGGAGGAAGAAGUUGAAUAUGAAGAAGUAGAGGAGGAGGAGGAGGAGCAGGAGGAAGUGGAAGGGGAAGAGGAGGAUGAGGAUGGGGUGGAGGAAGAGACUGAAGGAGCUGGCAAUAGAAAUGUUGCGGACAUUGAGGAUGAACAUGAGAAAAGGAAGCUAGCAGACCUUCUUGAACUUCCACCUCAUGGAUCAGCGGUUUACCUUGGUGGCAUUCCUCACAAUGCUUCUGAAGAGGAUUUGAGGGACUUCUGUCAAUCUGUGGGAGAUGUAUUUGAGGUUAGGAUUAUAAGGGGAAAAGAAUCUGGUGAAACGAAAGUUUAUGCUUUUGUGACCUUCAAGACGAAGGAGAUGGCUUCUAAGGCUAUUGAGAAGCUGAACAAGUCUAAAUUUCAGGGAAAUGAAAUAAAAUGCUCAGCAUCUAAAGAAAAACGUAGGUUGUUUAUUGGUAAUAUUCCUAGACAUUGGACGGAGCAAGAUUUGAGGAAGGCUGUUACAGAAAUUGGGCCUGGUGUCAAUUCUGUUGCUCUGUUGAAGGAAACAAAGAAUUCAGAUCGUAAUCGCGGGUUUGCUUUUAUUGAGUAUUACAAUCAUGCAUGUGCAGAAUAUUCAUGGCAGAAGAUGUCCAACCCAAAAUUUAAACUUGACGACAAUGCUCCGACAGUAAAGUGGGCUGAACCUAAGAAUGCUGAAUCAUCUGCAGCCUCCCAGGUAAAGGCAGUGUAUGUAAAGAAUCUGCCAGAAAACAUUACUCAGGAUCGCCUUAAGGAGUUGUUUGAGCAUCAUGGAAAGAUAACAAAAGUGGUACUCCCUCCUGCUAAAGCUGGACAUGAAAGGAGCAGAUUUGGUUUUGUUUACUUUGCUGAGAGGUCAUCUGCCAAGAAGUCGUUGGAGGAUGCCGAGAAGUAUGAAAUUGACGGCCAAGUUUUGGAGUGUUCGUUUGCAAAACCACAAGCAGAUCAGAAGUCGUCUAGGACACCAGUUUCACAGAACUCAAUUGUACUUCCAACUUAUCCACCACAACUUGGCUAUGGUUUAUUUGGAGGUGCCUAUGGUGCUUCGGGUUCAGGAUGUGGUGCGGCUAGCUUUACACAAUGCCCUUUUGAUUGGCCCCGUUUGUUUGGCUCUGUAUUACUGUUGCUGAGAUAGAAGUUACGCCUGAUUUUGCAGCCGUUGGUGUAUGGUAGGGGAGCGGCUUCUGCUGGUAUCGCAAUGAUGCCUAUGCUCUUACCUGAU